AUGAGCGACGACGACAUCCCUAUGGACGCAGAUAUUGAGCGUCUAUUGCUAGAGGAAUUUGCACCGUCCGAUCAGAUUGCUUCAAUGAAAGCAUCCAUAGAUACACUAGUUGGAACGGUGAAAGAUCUAGCAUGCAAGAAUGCUCUUCAGGUUCCACAGCAGAGCGCGGUGUCGUCAAGCGCGGUUCCGAACCCCGCGGCAAUCGAACAACUGAACCGGUUCGAGUUCGAACCCGUGGAUUAUCACGCUACCUUUGAUCCAAUCGCAGCCGCGCAAGCUCGAAAAGACGAACAAGCAGCAGCAGAAGCAGAAGGAGUCCCUUGGACAAUCCCGACACCAGGGCACCAAGGUGAGUAUACUGAGUUUCCGUUGGGUUCUGCAAAAGGGGUUGAAAUGGCUCGCAUGUUCGCUGCGCUGACCCUGCCCGACGUGAGUGUGUAUGAUGACCCGAACGGGAAAGAUUUCGGGGACUUUCUUGCCCAAUUUAAGUUAAAAUACCAAGGGCUUGCACUCGAUAAUGACAUGCUUGUGCAUUUGCUGUUUUCGAAAUUGGAUGGUUUUCCUCGGUCCGUAGCAGAUGCUUUGCCCAGAUCUGUAAAACAAGCAGGAUUUAAAGCUAUAGUUGAGGCUUUGCGCGAUAAAUUUAAAGAAAACGAAUCUUCCGCACAGUUAAAUGCCUACAUGAAGCUGAAGACGCUGCGCAAAGAAGGUGACGUGACAAGCUAUUGCGUUGAAUUAGAGAAGAUCACGCAAAGAGCUUAUCCUGGAGCCUCUGAAGAGGAGCUGUCGCGUACAAGAGCAUCGGAACUGGUUGCGCAGCUAUCCGAUUGGCCAGAAUACCUUCAGCUGUACACGGCAAUGGAAGUAGCACCAAAAGAAUCUGCAUACGAAAUGGUCAAAAGCAUGGCGCAAAGAUGCGAACGCAGCAGAGCAUUAGCAACAGCUACUAAGAGGACCCUAGAUGCCUCAAAGCUGCAACGUUCUCUUCCUGAGGAACGCAGACCUGCCGAAAGGAACCGUCCACAGCCCAGACAAAAACAGAAUGCUGCACCGGCAGAGUUGGCAGUCCAAAUCAAGGACAACCAAGCGCCCGCAUCUCGGAAAAAGCUACCGAAAUGUUACAAAUGCAACGAGUAUGGCCAUUUUUCGAGGGACUGCAAGAAAACUGGGGCUGCUAAAGCCGCAGCGAGCACAGAGAAAACUGGCGGAAACCCUCCCAAACGCGCCAAGUGUUUUCACCGCAUCCGCGCACAAACGGCUAAGUAUAAUGGAGGAAACGUCAUCGACAUGCAAAGGUCUAGUAGGAGAGCGGAUGACCAAAACAGUGAAGCUUCUUGGGCUGUCACGAAAAGCGCUCUUAGAUACUGGAUCCCAGAUAAGCAUAAUACCGCUCGAACAGUAAGGUUGACGAUAGAACUUGAGAGAGGCGAGAAACGCCGUGUUGCACUAUUCGUAAAGGCUGGAGGAGACAAUACGUUAGUUUUGGGAACCAACGCUUUGCAAACCCUCGGAGUCAGCCUUCUUACGGACAAUGCUAAUCAUAACCAAGGGCAACACCUCGAGGACACGCGACCCACUGUCACUGCAGAUGAGGCGAAAGGCAAAACACGGGUGAAAGAGAGAAGGUCACCGACUACUAGUCAAGCGGUGGUGGCCAAACGAACAUACCUUCGUCCAGGAAGCAAACUUUUUCGAAAAGGGGAGGAGGUGGGCAUAUACGAGCCGGCGAAGAUCGUCGACGCGGAGCCAGUGAAGUGUCACGGUGAUAUGCUCGAACGCACGGUUAACGCGACUGAAGACCGGGAAGACAAACUGCUGCGACUGCUGAACUUGAGUAAAAGUGGGAAGCAAGAAGAAGUUAUGGUCAAUCUUGACUCUGCUUGGCGUCGACAACGUGCUGAACCUGCGAUACAGAUGCAACUGUGGACUGUUCGGACAGAUGGCCCAUGUAGCUCUACCAGGCCUAACACACCCGAUGGCCAGAACAGGCGUGCUGGGGCGACGAGAGGAAGGAGGAAGAGCUCAGGAAAAAGAGCUCCUGCUACAUCACCCCAUAUGGAUUGGCGCUUGCCCAUAGAUGCCCAUCGCCGACGUUGCAUAACCUAUGCGGAUGCCGUGGAAAGCGCCAGAGGGCUGAAGUUUGAUCACCCUGCAGUGUUCUCCUGGCCAGUGCCUUACGAUCUUGGAGCACAUCUAACGACUGCCAUUGCUCUCCAAGGCAAGCUACGGGUACCUGGUGCACAAGUGGAUAGAGAGCCGGAGAUCUUCAUCGCAUUGCCGCCUGCCUUCGCUCGUGUCAACGCUGAUGUGGAUUAUGGGCGCAACGUGACGCCGUACGUGUACGCCGAUUGGAAUGGAUUAGCAGAGAAGCUUGUGACGAUGCCGAUCGUAACCUCCCUGAUCGUUGUGUGGCCCGAUACUACGCCGGAAAGUCGGGAGAUGCGCCAAGUGCUGAUCGCAUUGGAACGCCACUUGCAGCCUGGAGGCUCGCUUGCAUUCUUUCCGAGCCCAUACGAGGAUGACAAUAAUACGGAAUGGAUGCAUAUGGGACGGGUCUGCGCUGAAUACGUCCGCUACAUGACGGACCCGCAGCGUUCCUUUGAAGCUAUUAUGGAUGAAUUCGAAAUGGCCUCUGCGGAACUCAGGGAACGACGUCAGAGGGAGAAGCAGGACCAGAGGCGACGCCGACGCGAGGAAAGGAUGCCAAACUUUUUUGUCAUCAGGGACCCGGAGCGUGUUCGUCACAAUCGUCCAAUUUCGUUCCGAAGACAUGCUGAUGUGGCAGGACCCAGCACGUCAAGGAGACGUUAUUCGCCGACUGGGAACCGCAGGUCACGUUCGAAGGGCCGUUCCGAACGUCAUGGAUCAGAAGCACAUCGUUCGUCACACCGAGGGGAACAUCGUCACGAGUCACGCCACACUGGACCGCGAAGAAAGUAA